UCGAGCAGGCCAGGGUGGAGGGUGUGAAACAGCUGAGGUACUGCACGAGCUGUGGAGCGGACGCCAUGGAAGUUAAUUCCUUGUCAGGGACGUUCCAAUGGCAAAUUGACGGGUUUUCUGAGUUGACAGAGGUGUCGGUCUAUUCAAACACCUUCCUGGUUGGGGGCUACAGCUGGCAACUGUUGGUGCACCUGGAGAAUGGCGAAAAGUCAGAGGACUUGUCAUUGUACCUUUACGUGGCAAACGCUGCAACGCUGCAGCCCGGUUGGACCAAGCGCAUGGACUUUGUGCUGACCGUGGUCAACCAGUUUGACCGGACAAAGUCGGUGAAGAAAGGCUUGGUGCUGGAUGUGAAGGGGUGCAAGGACGUGUAUGCAAGCUUGGACAAAUAUGUGGAGGUGCAGAACCUUGAUGGCAACACCAAGUUCUAUGCGGAACAACAUGGGGCGCAGGACGCCAGGAAAGGUGUGCUCUUUGUGGACCUCCCACCGGUGCUGCAGCUGCAUAUGAAGCGCUUCGAGUACAAUCCAGUGGACGGGAAAACUGCGAAGGUCAAGGACCGCUGUGAGUUUCCUCUCGAGCUGAACUUGGAUAAAGAGAGCGGCAAGUACCUCACUCCGAACUUGGACAAGACUGGCUUCAAUCGUUACCUAUUGCACAGUUUUCUGGUUCACACCGAUGGAGUUGAUGGCAGCCAUUGCUACGCCUUGAUUCGCCCGAACCUCGGAUCCCAAUGGCUCAAGUUUGACAAUGAAGAAGUGACAAAGGAGGAAUUCAAGGGCGAGGAUGAGCUGUACACCAAUGCCUACAUGCUAGUCUACAUCCGCCAGUCCGACCGGGAGAAGAUUCUCUGCAGCAACGAUGUGAAUAGCAUCGCUCAACCGUUGCAAGAUCGGUUGAAGCUGAAGAAGAGGGAGGGGGACCAGCUCACAGAGAUCAAGGUGGCACGAGAGGAGGACCUACGGCAGCAGAUUGGACGAAACAUCUAUCUUAAUCUUGUGGACCAUGCACUAGUCAGAAACUUUCGAGUGCAUAGGGACAUGCCGUUUUCAGAAUUCAAGGCAGAAGUGAAGAGGGAAAUGGGGAUUCCGGUUGCCAGGCAGCGGUUUUGGGUGUGGGGGAAGGAGCCAAGUACAAUGUCUCAGCCGAUCAAGCACCUGAGUGCAGAGGAGGAGGAGACGACGGUGGAGAUGUUGAGGAGAUCCUUCAAGAAAGGGAACAUGGCAGUCCAUCUGUUUCUGCAAGCCACUCCCCCCUCCUCUGGGAGGAAUAAGGACGAUCUUCUGCUAUUUCUCAAGCUCUACGAUCCGACACACAGCGCUAUUAGGUAUGCAGGCCAUCUCCUUGUGAAGUCUGACAGCAAGCCUGCAGAUGUGAUCAAUAGGGUCAAAAAGCUGUGUGGCCUUGCUGCCAACGAGGACGUCUACCUCUUUGAGGAGAGAAACUUUGGCAUGGAUGUGGAGUGUAAGCCCGUCGACGCAUCGACCUUCGAAGGCAUGGAGUUGAAGGAGGCCGGCAUUCUGUGCGUGCAGAAGGCACUCACAGCAGCACAGAAGAGCGGUCUGAAGCACCCGGACAUGCCCUCGUACCUCGAGUUUGUGCAGAGCCAGCAGGUGGUGCACUUCCGACGCCGGGAAAAUCCCAGGGAAGACGCGUUCUGCCUGCUGCUUUCCAAGCAGGACACGUAUGACAAAGUGGUGGAGCGGCUAGCAGAGAAGCUUGGAUUAGCCGAUCCUCUCAAGAUUCGUCUCACCGCACACAACUGCUACUCACUGCAACCCAGGCUGCCCGCGAUCAAGUACCAAGGGGCGGAGUGCCUUGGUGAUAUGCUUGCCCACAACAAUCAG